AUGUCAACAGCAUCAUCGUCGACACCAAAGACUCCCACGGCACUGGCCGGAGCGGUUCGUCCGAGUAUCGCGGUACGUUGGAUUCGACACGCCGAAUCCCGGAACAACCAAGUCUACCGGGACGCCCGGGUCCGGUACGGUGGAGGCACGCCGGACUUUGACGUCCAAGGUUGGCAAACCUACGUGGACACUCAUCGUACGGCGGAUCCUGGCUUGUCCGAUCCGUGCGGGAACGCUCAAGCGGACUGCUUGGCGGACUAUCUCGUCCCGCACUGGACCGAGCAGGCCUCCCGGCCCGUACGGAUCGUCGUGAGUCCCAUGCGGCGGACCCUGGAUACCUUCCGACCCACGUGUCAACGAAUGGAAUUAGCAAAUCCUGGAUCGACGCAAGUACUCGUGCACGGAUUCUUGUUCGAAUCGGAAGGCUGUCACGAUCGGGGACUGCCCCGGGAAGGGGAUAGUCCGCUAGAGAUUGCCGAACGAUGGCAAGCCACAGACGACCACGACGACAAUAAUAAACACAACAACAGUAACGACAACACGCCGUCGCAGCCACUCGACUUUACGGGGUUUCCGGAUCCCGAUCGUGGCUGGUACGUACACGGACAGGGGCCGGAAACCAGAGCCGCUUCGGAACAGCGCGCCGCCAAGUUUUACCUCUGGCUCAACGAAUAUCUCGAUCAACAAUUGUUGGAGAGUGCGAACGACAACGAUACGGAACAACCGCAACAACAACACCACGACGUCUUUGACGCUGGUGUCGCCAUUCCGGGAGAAGAAGACGAAGUGGAUCACGACAAGUUCGCUCCCCGGGUACGCCGCCGCCGGACCGUAGUCUUGGUUGGACACGGUGAUUUCAUGUCACUCGUACUCAAACGGAUCGUCGCUGGAUACGGACACUACGUGGAAAACGACGGGAUUCCACACCGGUCCGCCUUUUGUCACUACAAUACCGGCAUGACCGAACUCGAAUAUUUCGGGCACGGAAGAUUCCUCGUCAUGACACACAACACUGUUCCACAUUUGCAAAACACGCCGGAAUUAUUGUCCGGGGGAAGUCUCAAAGACGGCUGGAGUUACCUCAUGCCCAACGACCAAUUUGUCCUUGACGCGGAAGUCAACGUGGCCUUUGCCGACGAGCUCGAACCGCACAUACACGAACAAGCUCAGGCGCUCCGAGCCUUGUAUCGGUCGGACCACCCAUUGGCAGGCAACACCUUCAUCCACGACGACGGUACUGCCGACAACGACACGGUCACUCACUUUGUCGUUCAGCGGGGUCUGCAAGUAGUGGGCGUCGCCACGCAUUCUGCCGCGACGGGUCGCUUGACCGACGUCGCGGUACGGCCCUCGGCCGGGCCGCACGCGCGGACCAAACUCUUUCAUGCCGUCCAGCAGUAUGCUCGUCAACAAGGACAAUCCAUGGCUUUGACGGUCGUCCCGUGCAACGCCGAAAACCACGGAUUCUUCCAAGACGCCGGCUUUCAAGCAAUACCCACCGACGGCCGCAUACUGAUCCUCGCCGACCGUGGAGAUAUCCUCGCUGACGAAAAAUCACAACAACCACUAGACGCAACAACAAAAUAA